AACCCUUGGUUUCUCCACGCCACUGCUUGCCUUGGCAUCUACGCGAGCUCCUUUUGCUUAGCAUAGACGCCGGCGAGACCAGGAGACGACCGGACUUGGGGCGCCGAUCCGGAGGAAGAAGCUGGUCGCGAUUGUAGAUUUUAAUUUGGAGGCGACUGUUGAAUCCCAGGUGUAGAUGAUGGAAUCUCGUGGUGCACAACAAGUGGACGAGACCAAAAAACUCAAAGAUGUUGAAAUUAGCUUUCCAGUUGUUUAUGGAACAAUGGCAUUUUGGCUCGGUAAAAAGGCAAGCGAGUACAAUUCACACAAAUGGACUGUCUAUGUCCGAAGCGCUACAAAUGAGGAUCUGAGUGUAAUAAUAAAGCGUGCUGUCUUUCAAUUGCACCCUAGUUUCAACAACCCGACACGGGUUGUAGAUUCACCACCUUUUGAACUUUCUGAAUCUGGAUGGGGUGAAUUUGAAAUAGCAAUUAAACUCUUUUUCCACAGUGAUGUAUGUGACAAACAACUUGAACUAUACCAUCAGCUAAAAUUGUUUCCUGAGGAGGAAAGUGGGCCCCAAUCUACUAAAAAACCUGUUGUUGCAGAAUCAUAUGAUGAAAUAGUUUUUUAUGAGCCUACAAAAUCUUUUUUUGCCCGGGUCCAAAAUCAUCCUGCUGCAAUUGUUCCAAGGCUACCUUCUGGCUUGAAUUUGCCAAGUCCUGCUCCUAUUACUCAUGUAAAGAAAAGAGGUGACACCAAGGAUCAUGCACUCAGUCAAUGGUUUAUGAACUUUUCAGAAGCAGAUGAACUGUUAAAACUUGCAGCUGCUCGACAACAGGUGCAGGCGCAUAUAGCAAAGCUUAGGAGGCAAUUGAGCAUGAUCGAUGGUAUGCCUCCUCAAUCAAAAGCCACCUCUGGACAAUAACAGCCUUCAACUCUGAAUUGUUGUAGGGACUACUAUUGUUACUAGUACUUUUCUACGAGUACUUGUAUCUUUUUGUAUGUAUGCUAGGAAUCGGAUACUUCUUAUUUGUGCUCGAGUAAUUGUUUUGUUCUGUUCUGUAAGGAUCUGAUUGUAUUGUCUUCAAUGACUGUGGGAUCACUUGUGUUGGUCCAAACAUCGAGGAUUCUUUUUGUUCA